UGAGCUGCUGUCUUGGACAGCUGCAGGCCAUGUGCUGUACAAUGCCCUUAAGGAGGGAAUUCCAGGAUUUUGACCCAGUGACACUGAAGGAUAUAUUUCCAAGUCAGGAUAGUGAGUGCCUUGGAGGGGAACUGUGUAUCUGCUGGCCUUGCCCUUCUCGAUGGAAGAUGUUGCAAGUUUCAAAGACGUCGUUUCGGGAGCCUUGGUGACGGUGACACUGAGUUGUCAGUCAGUCGGGGUGACUAUGUGAAGACGAACACAGAAACUAUGGAACAUUUCCUCCUCCUUCUGAUAGCUGUGCACAGUGUGGCAACAACUUCCCGACCACUGGAGUUCCAUCCUUGCCAGACGGUAGAGGCAGAAGCAUUAUGCCAGAAUAGAGACCUUAACAUAAUCCCCACAGGUCUCCCUUUCGACAUAUGGAAACUGGAUUUAUCUGUUAAUCGCAUUAAGAGGCUGACAAUGGAGAAUCUGACUCUCUACCACUUCAUUCAGUACCUGGAUUUACAAUCCAACCGCCUGGAGUUUAUCCAACCAGGGACCUUUGCCAGUCUGUCUCACCUGGAGGUGCUUAACCUCGCAAACAACCUCUUGGAUCUCAGCAAAUAUGGCCUCGGCAGGUUACCGUAUGUGAAAAGGCUGGAGCUAUCGGGUAACAGUUUGUACACUGAUGUUGUUGAGGAUUUUCUGAAAGAGGCCCCCUUGCUCGAGGAGCUGUCCUUGGCUAGGAACAGCAUCACCAAACUCUCGGACCACACCUUCCGAGGAUCCCCCUCUUUGACCCACGUAAACCUACAGCACAACAUCAUCAUUGAGAUCGAGUCGGGGGCGUUUCAGUCGCUCUCCAAUCUGUCUGUGCUUGAUCUGGCCAUGAACUCCAUACCCUGUAUCUCUGACUUCGACCUCAAGCAACUUCAGGUGCUGAACUUGAGCAAGAACAGCAUUGAACACUUCCUCAUGGCUGAAUCUGAGGAGGAGUACUCUCUGCAAUGGUUGGAUCUCAGUGACAAUAAUUUGCUCUAUUUUCCCCUCUUUCCCAAGAGGAACCGCCUCCAGCACCUCGACCUCUCACGGAAUUCACUUCAAGGGCUGUCCCCACCGCCCUCCCACCUGGAAGGGAGCCUGAAUCGGAAUUUGCAGACAAACGUGACCAAGUCCUCUCUCUCACUGCACUUGACUGAAUUGGUCUACUUGGACCUGAGCUACAAUGAGAUAACCUCCAUCCCAUGGGAAUUCUUCCGAAACAUGAACUCCUUGAGGUUCCUCAACCUCAGCAGGAACUGCCUGCACAGUUUCGUCAUCGGUGAGGCCAACAUGCUGAACUUGCUGGUCAACCUCGACUUGAGUUCCAACGCAUUACUGAACCUUUCACUGGCCUGGGGCAGCCUCAGCUUCCUGGAACACUUGCACCUUCAAGACAACCACCUACAGAAUCUACCUUCCAAUACCUUCAGGGGCCUGAACAGAAUUCAGAUCAUUAGCCUUCAUAACAACAAUGUCAACAUUUGUUGGGGCACCCAUUGGCCUGAGGACCAUGAGAAUGGGUGCACAAGUUUCUCCCGAAUCAAUACACUCAGGUAUUUAUAUCUGCGCAACAACAACAUUAAGCACUUGCCUCCUCAUGCUUUUCAUCAGACUCCACUUGUGGAGUUGGACCUGUCCUUGAAUCCUGGAAUGAGCAUUCAUCCUGAGGCUCUAUCUGAUCUGGAGGCUUCAUUGACCAACUUGUCUUUGAAAGGCAACAGGCUUCUCUCGUUGGGCGUGAACCUGUCACGUUUUUCCAAUCUCCGGACGCUGGAUGUGUCUGAGAACCAGUUGACUGAGCUUGCCAUCUCCAGCAGGAGCUUGUCGCUAGAAACCGUGGAUCUGCGCAACAAUCAGUUCAGCACCUUGCAGCAAACCUCCAUGGAGCUGCUGAACAGGACCCUACGUACCCUGCUGCUCUCUGGCAACCCAUUUGACUGCUGCCGGACGACUGAGGUUCGGUGGCUGGCCUGGGUCGAUGUCCCAGACAAACGGUCAGUGCUGUGCCAUUACCAGACCAAAGAUGGAUACUCGCAAGCGCAAUUGUUUAGCCCACGGCCCAGCCUCUGCCAGGACGGCACACGAGACUGGGCGACAUGGAGUCUCUUGUUGCUGGUAUUGAUGAUUGUAAUAUUUCUCACCAUUGUCGUAGCUCUGGGUUGCUGCCUGGCACGGAGGCAGAAGGUCAAAGGGAUGUUCUUGCACCAUGUAAAAGCCUAGGCAAUGUGCUUGCUCUUUUCUUCGUCAAUGUUUAAAUGAAGCGAAGUGAGGAGAAUAAACAUUUUACAUAAUCUGCGUAUCAGAUGGCCAUCACAACCAAAGGGGUUUCGUAAAGAAGGCCAGGCAUUUUGCACUGGCUUUUCCCAUCUUUUGGAAGUUGGUCUUCUCCUCAAACCAAGGGGUUCGCAGUACCCAGCAAUUCACAGAAGCACCCCCCCCCCCAAGUAAAUCAAUUUCAGACUAGAUCGCUGACACUAGAUUACUUCCCUCACAGAGUGAUUAUGAGAACAGUGGCCUUCAAAGGUAGGAUAACCAUGGAUCCGUCUUACGUCUGUAAGGUCUGCCCCAACUGCUCAUGAUUAACGGCACAGUUGAUCAGGUAACACAUUAUGGUGGAAGCGAGCUCAAUAAUAAUUUUAGUACAAUCGUAACAAAUGAAGGAAAAAUGUUUACAGCGCUACACGGAAAGGGUAGGAUUGCAUCACUUGCAUCAAACUUUCUGGGAGGUGUCACAGGCCCAACGACCCAAAUGGCCUCCUUUUGGUAGUUUCUCAUUUUGCAUUAAGCUGGUUCACCCAUCCUCAUUGUUUUAAAAAAUCUGUUAGAGAGAACUGUUUGAGUUGAUGAUGGGAUUAUAGACUGGAUUAGAGUAGAGGAUCUUGAGUCUAGAAGAGAGUGGAUGCUGCCUGAACUGCUGUGCUCUUCCAGCACCACUAAUCCAGAAUCUGGUUUCCAGCGUCUGCAGUCAUUGCUUUUACCUCGGAAAAUCAACACUUCAGGCAAAAGCCCUUCAUCAGGAAGGUCCUGAAUUCAGUCUGCAACAAACUCAAAGUCUAAAUUUCCUAUUCAGUCUUCUCCACCUUUUGUGAGGUGGAGAAAAACAAAUCUUUUGCUCUGGAUCAUUAUUCAACGAGCAGGAAGGAAUGGGAUUUGCAGACUGGGUUAGGUGAAUAAGGGGUUGCCUAUGUUCGUAUGUUGCGUAAGAUACCAAUUGCGCCAAAUGGCCUUUUUCUCUGUUGUGCAUUUUCUCCCAUUCUGUCUCUUUUUGGAAGUGGCACUGUUGAUAACAAUCAGCUGGUGAUACCACCCCACUGUCAAAUUACCAAGCAAUUCCUGACACCUAGGCUCUUUCGGUAGUCCCCACAUUCACAGAUGCCAAUUCGAUUCAUUCCAUGCGAUAGCAUGAAACAGUUGAAAGCACUGCAGAGUCACCUUGAAGAACAUUUCAGCAAUAGUACAGAAGACUUGUCCUCCAGAACCUGCUGCACCCCUGGACGAGCUGUUCCAGUACAGCCACAACAUUGGCAUCUACCAGGUAUUAUCCAAUAUUACCAGUCCACAAAAAGCAGGGUAAACCCAACUUGGCCAAUUACCAAAACAUCACUGUACUCUCAAUAAUUAGUAAAAUAAUGGAAAGUGUCAGUUACAGUGCUGUAAAGUGACAGGAGUUCCUCUGGGUAGUGUCCUAGGCCCAACCAUCUUCGGCUGCUUCAUCAAUGACCUUCCCUCCAUAAUAAGGUCAGAAAUAGGAUGUUAGUUGAUUUGCGUAAUAUUCAGUACCAUUUGAAACUGCUGAGAUACUGAAGCAUUACAUGUUCAAUUGCAGCAAGACUUGGACAAUAUCCAGGCUUGGGCAGAUAAGUAGCAACCAGACUCCACACAUGCCAGGCAAUUACUAUUUCCAGUGAGAGACAAUCUAGCCAUUGUAUCUUGACAUGAGUGGCAUUACCAUCACUGAAUUUCCCACUAUCAACAUCUUGGGGGUUACCAUUGAUCAGAAACUGGACUGGCCU